CAGAGGUUUUUGGAGGGGGGUAUGUGAGGUUGGACUUGGGUGAAACUGAACUCUUUGGGUUUUCAUUCAGUUAGCAGGCACCAUGGCUCGGCUGGUAGAGUGUGUCCCCAACUUCUCUGAGGGUCGAAACAAAGAGGUGAUCGAUGCCAUCUCAGCAGCGAUCUCCAGCACACCCGGCUGCAGCCUGCUGGACGUCGACCCUGGAGCCUCCACUAACCGCACGGUCUACACCUUUGUGGGCUCUCCUGAGGCAGUGGUGGAGGGGGCGCUGAACGCCGCCCGCCAGGCCUUCAGCCUUAUUGACAUGAGGAAGCAUUCAGGUGAACAUCCUCGGACCGGGGCCAUGGACGUUUGUCCCUUCAUCCCCGUCCAGAAUGUCAGCAUGGACGACUGUGUGCAGUGUGCCAACAUGUUAGGACAGAAACUGGCAGAGAUGCUGCAUGUGCCCGGUGAGUUCUCCCUCCAGUUGAAACGUGAUGAAUGGGCCCCUGACUUUGGUCCCGCCGACUUUGUACCAUCUUGGGGCGCGACGGUAACUGGUGCUCGUAAGUUCCUCAUUGCCUAUAAUGUGAACCUGAUCAGCACUAAAGAACAGGCUCAUCGCAUAGCACUGGACAUCCGGGAGCAGGGUCGAGGGAAGGACCAGCCUGGGCAGCUGAAGAAGGUGCAGGGGAUUGGUUGGUACCUGGAUGAGGCUAACCUUGCUCAGGUUUCCACCAACAUUCUGGACUACGAGGUGACACCCCUCCAUGCUGUGUAUGAGGAGAUCUGCAGAGAUGCGGAGGACCUGAACUUGCCUGUGGUCGGCUCUCAGAUUGUCGGUCUGAUCCCUCUGAAGGCCCUGCUGGACUCUGCUGACUUUUACAUCCAGAGAGACCGACUCUUCAUCAUCGAAGAGGAGCACAAAGUCCGACUGGUGAUCAGUAAACUUGGCCUCGACUCCCUCGGUCCGUUUAAUCCAAAGGAGAGAAUCAUAGAGUACAUGGUGAAGUCACAGGAGGAUGGACAGCUGGUUUCUUUGUCUCUGCGGCAGUUUGUUCAGAGCGUUGGUGCUCGGACAGCUGCUCCCGGAGGAGGAUCAGUUUCUGCAGCAGUCGGUGCAAUGGGGGCCGCACUGGGUGCCAUGGUUGGUCAGAUGACGUAUGGGAAGAGGCAGUUUGAGAAUCUGGACAGUGUGAUGAGGAGGCUGAUUCCUCCAUUUUAUCAGGCCAUGAAUGAAUUGCUGGACAUGGUGGAUGCCGACUCCUCCGCCUUCAACAGCUACAUGGCAGCACUGAAAAUGCCAAAGAAAACUGCAGAGGAAAUGAAAAGGAGAGAAGCUGCGAUGCAGGAAGGACUGAAGCAAGCAGUUGCUGUCCCAUUGGCUCUUGCUGAGAGGAUCAGCAUCCUUUGGCCGUCUCUUAAAGAAAUGGUUGUCUACGGAAAUUUUAGCUGCAAGUCUGAUGCUCAGGUAGCAGCUAAAGCUUUAGAAACAGCUGUUUUUGGAGCGUACUACAACGUCACGAUCAACCUCAAAGACAUCACAGAUGAAGCCUUCAGAGCAGCAAUUCAGAGGAGAGCGUCAGAACUGCUGCAUGAAGCCAAAGACAGCAGUGCCGCCAUCCUCCAUGCUGCAGAGAAAAGAAACUGAAUAGACCGAAGAAAUAAAUACAGUUAAAUAAAGCUGCACAAGGAAGAUAAUCUGACAUUAAUGUGACUUUAAACACUGAAGAGCUGGAUACAAUGAAUGUAUUACAAGGGAAAAUCUUCAGAAUAAAGAGGUUACUUGAAAUGGUAAAA